AUGAUCGACCCUAUGUCAAGAAGUUGUAGCAAAAAAUCUUCCAAAUCAACCAUGGACGAAGAUUCUAUAUUUUCACAAGUUACCAAUGGAUCCAUAUCAUCAAACUCCACUUCAUUAGCAUCAUCGUCAUCAAUAAGUAAAUUACCUCAUUACUCAAAAGAUGAUUUACCCCACUAUUCAGAAUCUCAGGAGUCAUUACCAGAUUAUGCACCAUCAACAGAGCUUUUUGGUUUAGCUUUAGUAAAGACAGAAUUUGUAACUCCAUACAAGUUAAAUUCCAAAAGAUCAUGGCAACCGAUGCUCUUGGAGCAAAAUUCUAAUCAGUUGAUUCUUUACAAGAUCAAUUUAACUACCGCGUUCAAAAGUACCAUAACGAGUUUAUUUAAAUAUUGCAAUAAAAUUGAUUUAGAAAAUGGAUUGAAAGACAAAAUAGAGAAUAUGAAGAUCUCUAAAGAUUUAAAUAACUUGAAGAAGUAUCACCAUGAACUUCAAGAUAACAAAUUACUUUUUGAACCUAUAACCAGUAGAGAUUGCUUCAAUAAGUUGUUAACCAAGUAUAAAGGAGAGGUCCAUCAAUUAUACACAUUGAAUAGAAUGAAAGUUGGGAAAGCCCCAGUGAUGACUGGAGGUUCCAACACAUUCACUAAUGUUAAGUAUGAGAAUAUUUUAAGACUUAGAUUAGAGUUGAAUCAAUUAUGUUUACAGUUCUGGUCAUUUAAUGCUAUGGUGGAAUGGUUCUGGUGUUUGAACGUUGGAAGAGAUCUUUGUGGAGAAUUUGAUGAAAUGCCCAAACUCAAAAGCAUCCCCAGAAAUCUUCAUCAUGUCUUAGAUUAUGAUGGUGAUGGAAAAACUAUCGAUAGUCAAUUGAUGAUAGGCGAAUUACAAUACUACAUAAAGGUGAAAAAUGAUAAGCCUUUCAUUGAUGGUUGUUUACCUGAAUUGAACUCUUAUGACAAAUGGAGUAAUACAACCGUUUCCAAUUAUAAAAACUUACCAUUGAACGAUAUCGACGAUAACCUUUUUGUGAAUUUUAGUAAGUUAAGCUACAUACUCAAUACCACUGGUGGGAAUUGUCGAUAUUUUGCUAUACAACAAGAGGGUUUAGUGUCAGUCAGUCAGCACAAUAUAUGA